UUUCUAAGGAGUAGUCCUAAGCAGGGCUACGCUGAAAUAAGUGUGGUCAUAUUCAGUGAGUCUGACAAUUGCUUCAGUGGUUCUGACCCCGAGAAAAUUCCAGCAGUUUGCUACGGAUGAGCGAUCGCAACGGCGGGCGACGGCUGCGGCAGUGGCUGAUUGAACAAAUUGAUAGCGGGAUGUACCCAGGGCUGAUCUGGGAGAAUGAGGAGAAGAGCAUGUUCCGGAUCCCAUGGAAACAUGCCGGGAAGCAAGAUUACAACCAAGAGGUGGACGCAUCUAUAUUCAAGGCUUGGGCAGUGUUCAAAGGAAAAUUCAAGGAAGGGGACAAAGCUGAGCCAGCCACCUGGAAGACAAGGCUCCGUUGUGCCUUAAACAAGAGCCCCGAUUUUGAAGAAGUGACUGAGAGGUCCCAGCUGGACAUAUCAGAGCCAUACAAGGUCUACCGGAUUGUUCCAGAAGAAGAACAGAAAUGCAAAAUGGGGGUGGGGAACGGAUGCGGCCUGAACGAAAUCCCAGACAUGAACUGCACCACUUCAACAAUAGACGACCUGAUGAAAGAGCCUUCCACAGUGGAGGAAUGCCUUCAUGCAAUAAAAAGAAGUCCUUCACCUCUGCAGGACACUUGUAGAAAUCCUCCGAUCCCCGACUGGUGGACUCAUCAGCCAAGUCCUGUUUUGUCUCUGAUGAAUGGAUUUGGCGGUUACGACCCGCUUCAUACAGGCUAUUCCCAGAUGGUGAUCAGCUUCUACUACGGAGGGAAGCUGAUGGGAAGUACGACGACCUCUCGUCCCGAAGGCUGCCGGAUCUCCCUCGGAGAACUCCCUUACGGCCCAGAAAGCCUGGAACACGUGCGGUUCCCGUCAGCGGACAGCAUCCCAAACGAGCGCCAGCGGCAAAUCACCAAGAAGCUCUUCGGCCACCUGGCGAGGGGCGUCCUGCUGCAUUGCAACAAGCAGGGGACCUUCAUCAAGAGGUUGUGCCAGGGCAGGGUCUUCUGGAGCGGGAACACCGUGGUCUUCAAGGACAGACCCAACAAGCUUGAACGGGAUGAGGUGGUCAAGAUAUUUGACACAAACCAGUUUCUGAGAGAACUCCAACAGUAUUAUAACAACCAGUGCCGCUUCCCCAACAGCAAAGUCACUCUGUGUUUUGGAGAGGAGUUUCCAGAUGCUACCCUCUCCCGCUGCAAGUUGAUCCUUGUUGAGAUUGAGCAACUGAGCAUCCGGCAAUUGGUGGAGAGUGCGGGCAAGACCGACGGCAGCCCCGCAAUGCUCCCCAUGGCAGAGGAAGUCCACUAUGACCAGAUGUACAGAAAUUUCCAGGAUUCGUGUGGGCCGCACCAAAGACCAGUCUUCAGGGAAAAUCAACAGAUCACUGUCUGAGACUCCUCCAUAAAUUAACUAUUCUUUUAAAAAAGGAUUCUGUGUAGAUCUGUUUUUGAAUGGUCUCUCAUGCCGAAUUCCUUUUUGGGAAACUCUUCUAGCUUUGUCUGUAGGGUGUAUAUAUGCGAUAGCUAUAGGUCCAUUCAGAAUUUACCAACUGUGGUACCUAGUACAUCUUUCUUUGGUCUGGCCGACACUACAGCAUUCACCAAGAGCAAUUUUAAACCUGGCUCAAGGCAAAACUGCAUCAUUUAACUUUAUUUUUCAAAAAUGGGCUCAGAUGUGCUGAUUGAGCAGGUUGGAUACCUUCCAGUGAUCUUCUCCACCCCUGCAGUGACACCCCCUUUUGUUGCAGAGCAGAGUGGGGCAUUUUAGCCAGUAGUGUGACCGAGAAAGGAAUGGUGGAUGAAACUCUAAGCAGUACAAAAUCUUCAUUUUGGCCAUGGUUUUCAGCAUCUGUGUAAGAGAGAGUGUAUUUCUUCAUGUUGACCAGUGUUGGUCCUGCAGAUGCAUUUGUGAGCAUAUGCUGCAAAAACAUGCAGUGAAGGCAUUCUCCAAACUAGUGGGAUGCUUGAGCUGUAGAACAUUCGUGCAAGAAAAGACUUUCCUGCAUGCAUCUGAAGGGCUGAUUCACACAUGUAUGCCUGGUGCCCGAUUUCUGUGUAGUUCGUGAUUGGCAGCUAAAUUUGUAAACUGACUCUACUCCAAAGCACUGCGUCUGAGGAUGGUACAUAAGUUCAGGCUGUGGCGUUCUGCCUGCAGUGGUCAGUUUGCUCACAGGCCAUUGGACAGGGGGUAGGUUCAUCCAGUGAUGACUAUUUACACGUGAACUAGCCCUAACUGACAUUAACAAAGAUAGCUGUUUUGCUGUAGAUGUUUUCAAAACUGGGCAGGGAAACCAUGAUGCAGGAAAUGGGGCCUACAGAGGUGAAUGACUCUGCAGGCUUGAGAAUUUCGUGAAGACUUUGAUUGCCUGGCGGCUUCCCACAUCGUUUAUGAAACCACAUGUUGUGUAUAUCGCUUUCGUGUAUCACGUUGCUGCAAAGUUUUAUUUCCUUUUGAUUGUG